AUGGACUUCGACGAGUCAUCCAACAAGAUCGUGACGCGGGAGUUCGUUGCAGUAGUCUUUUCUGGCUUUGGUAACGAACUCAUCCCGCUCACGAGCAAUCAUGGGGACGAGCCAUCUCCCAAGGCACUGCUUCCCAUUGCAAACAAGCCAAUGAUAGAGUACCCUCUGUCGUGGUUAGAACAAUCUGGCGUGACUGACGUCUUGCUCAUAUGUCCGACAUCGCAUCGUUCCGCGAUGUCCAAUUACAUCCAAUCCGACGUAUCAUCAUCUUUUCCGUCCCUCAGGAUUGACUUGCAGACAUACGAGGAGUCACAGGAUCUCGCAGUGGGAACAUGUACCCUCCUUCGGCAUUUUUCGUCGCGCAUUCAGUCGGACUUCAUACUCCUCCCAUGCGACUUCGUCCCUCCACCCGGGCUCUCCCUUACACAGCUCCUAAAUAAGUUCAGAACAGAGACCACUUACGACGGGUCUAUCGCCACCGCGUGCUUCUACGAGGCUAGUCGUACGGACAAAUCGGCUGCUACGGAGGAGUGGGGUAUCCUUCCCUCCAACGUCCCGAUCGUCUUCGACGAACGGUCAGGAACAUUGCUACAUAUAGACACUCCAGAAGACGUUGACAAGAACAACGAGGAGUUUGAGCUGCGCAUGAGCCUACUCUCACAGUACCCGCGGACGAAGCUUUCGUCAAGUUUCAGAGACUCUCACGUCUAUGUCUGCAAAAGGACAGUGCUCGAUGCGCUCAGCGAGAAGGCGCAUUUGGACUCUAUACGCGAAGAGUUCAUCCCCUGGCUGUGCAAGCCGCACUAUCAACGAACACGGCGGGAGAAAUAUGGAAAUAUUCUAAGCCCCGUCUCGAACAACGUUUCGCAAAGCCUAGCGCUCAAACACUCAACGCUCCACCUACCAGGGCAAAAGCGUCACUUAAGGAGCAAGACUGCCGAGGAAGAGGAAGCUGUUGACGAGCACAUGCGGUCAACCGUACCUUCGCCGGUCGAAGAUGAGGACGAGGACGCCGUUGAGCCCAGCUUGCGCGUUGGUCUCGUCGUACAUCGAUCAUCGUCCGGAUUUGCUUCCCGCGGGAACAACCUCCACUCGUACCUCGACCUCAACCGCUUUUUCCUCAGCCAAACGACCUAUGCUCUCCCCUCCGACCCCGAGAACCGCUCGCUUAUCGACCACAAAGCACAGAUCUCCGGGGACUCCAUGAUCGGACGCUCGACACGGGUCGAAGAGCGUGCGAGCAUCAAGCGGUCGGUCAUCGGGAAGCAUUGCGUCAUCGGCAAAAUGGCCAAGAUCGUUGGUUGCGUGAUCCUCGACCAUUGCGUUAUCGCGGAAGGCGCGAAAUUAGAGGGCUGUAUCCUCGGGGCGUACACGAAAGUCGGCACGAAGGCGGACUUGUCUCGUUGCGUCACCCAGCCUGGCUACGAGGUCCCCGCUGGAGAGAGCGCUAGGAGCGAGAAACUCGAGGUAUCGGACUGGGCCGCGCACGAGACUUCCGAAGAUCAAGACUCCGGCGAGGACGAAGAUGACGACGAGAGCACCGAAGAAGAGAGCGACGAGUAA